AUGGCACCAUCACCCCGCUACCCAACCCCCUCCUCCCCCGUCGACCUCUCUCCGCUUGGCGCACCCCUCACCUUCCCCUUCUCGGGCAAAACGGCGCCAAACCGCUUCCUCAAAGCCGCCAUGUCGGAGCGCCUCUCCUCGUGGUCCCCCACCGACCUUGCCGCCCGCGGCAUCCCCUCGGCGGCGCUAGCCAACGUGUACCGGCGCUGGGGCGCGGGCGGCUGGGGCGUCGUGCUGACGGGCAACGUCAUGCUGGCGCUGGACCAGCUCGAAGCCGUCGGGAGCUCUGUCAUCCCGCGUGACGCGGCGCCGACGGCGGGCGACGCGCGCUUCGAGGGCUUCGCGGCGGUGGCGCGGGCGGCGAAGGAGAGCGGUGACGGGAGUUUGCUUGUGGCGCAGGUGUCGCAUCCGGGCCGCCAGUGCGAGAGUCGGAUCCAGAAGGACCCGGUGUCGGCGUCGGACGUGCAGCUGAAGGGCAGCGUGCUGGGGAUGACGUUCGAAAAGCCGCACGCCGCGAGCGCGGAGGAGAUUAGGGGGUUCGUCGAUGGCUUCGCGCAUGCGGCCGAGUAUCUCGAGAAGGCGGGGUUCGACGGUGUUGAGUUGCACGGCGCGCACGGGUACUUGUUGGCGCAGUUCUUGUCGGAGACGACGAACCGCAGAACGGAUGAGUAUGGGGGGCCGUUGGAGAAUAGGGCGCGUCUCAUUAUUGAAAUCGGCCAAGAGAUCCGCAGGCGGACCAGCCCCAGCUUUAUUCUUGGAAUCAAGCUCAACUCGGUCGAGUUCCAAGAGAAGGGCUUCCAACCCGAGGAGGCGAAGAAGCUGUGCGCCCUGCUCGAGGAGAACAAGUUCGACUUCGUCGAGCUGUCGGGCGGCACCUACGAGCAGCUCGCCUUCAAGCACGAGAGGGAAUCCUCAAAGAAGCGCGAGGCCUUUUUCCUCGAGUUCGCCGACAUGAUCGCCCCGGCGCUGACCAAGACCAAGACGUACGUCACCGGCGGCUUCAAGACGGGCGCCGCCAUGGUCGACGCCCUCAAGUCCGUCGACGGCGUCGGCCUGGGCCGGCCCGCGUGCCAGGAGCCGCGCCUGCCCAAGGACCUGCUGCAAGCCAAGGUUCAGUCGGCCAUACAGCAGCGCCCGCCCCAGAACGACUUCGCCCUGUCCAACGUCAUCGCCGGCUCGCAGAUCCGCCAGCUCGGCAAGGACCACGAGCCCAUCGACAUGAGCGACGAGGAGAACGAGAAGGCCUUCAUGAAGGACAUCGGCGCCUGGGGCGAGAAGAUGGCCAAGGACUCGGACAUGGUGCAUUGCGGCUUCGUCGAUAUUGAGAGCGUCAAGCCGAUUCCGUAUGUUUCUUAG